UGGUUGCCCCAUCCGACUCCGCCUUCUCUUCCUCGGCACCCCUCAUCUGCUCCGCAUCUGCUCCCCCUCCGCCAAACCCUAGCCCGCAAGCAGAGCUUAUUGAAGGCAGGCUAGGCGAGAGCAGCGUCCGCCGCCGCGCCCUCAUGGCGGCGCCCAAACCGAUCUGGGUGCGCCAGGCUGAGGAGGCCAAGCUCAAGUCCGAGGCGGAGACCGCUGCCGCCGCCAAGGCCGCCUUCGAAGCCACCUUCAAGGCCCUCGCUGCCGCACCCGGCGACGCCGACAACGACGCCGACCCCGCCCCACCCUCCCCGGCCGAGCCUGCCUCCCCCGAGUCCGACGAAGACGAUGCCCCGGCCCCGCCAGGCCCUGUCGACCCGUCCAAGUGCUCCGCCGCGGGGCCCGGCAUCGCUGGCGGUUCCGCCGGAACGCCCUCCACCUUCACCGUCGUCGCCAAGGACCGCCACAGCCGGAGGCUCACCGCCGGCGGGGCGCGCGUGCGCGUGCGCGUCUCGCCCGCUGCGGGAGUCGGCGGGGACGAUCUCGAGGGCGCUGUCAAGGACAACGGGGACGGAUCCUACACGGUCACCUACGUCGUCCCCAAGCGCGGCAACUACAUGGUACACAUCGAGCUCGACGGCGCCCCCGUCAUGGGGAGCCCCUUCCCCGUCUUCUUCAGCGGCUCCACCGCCACACCAUCAGCCGCUUUCCCCACCGCUCUACCCGCGGCCAGCUCUGCCUACCCCAACAUGGUCAACCAGACCAUGCCUAAUAUGCCCAAUUACACAGGCGCGCCCUCCAGUGCCUUCCCCAGCCUCCUCGGGGUCAUGCCUAGUUCCUCUGUUGGUUCCUCGGGCGGAGUUAUCCUGCCAGGGGUUGGUUCUUCACUGGGGGAGAUAUGCCGGGACUACAUGAGUGGGAAGUGCACAAAGGCGGAGACUGACUGUAAGUUCAUGCACCCACCGCAACAGCUGCUGAUGUCGGUGCUCGCUGCCACGACUUCUGUCAAUGCUCUUGGGCAUGCCCCCUUGGCGCCCUCUGCGGCUGCCAUGGCAGCUGCUCAGGCCAUCAUGGCUGCGCAGGCACUGCAGGCACAUGCUGCUCAGGCCAAGGCCGCAGGUGGGACUUCAGGCUCAAUAAACAAAGCUGAUGAAGCUGAUGCCCUGAAGAGAACAGUUCAAAUUAGCAACCUGAGUCCAGUUCUUACUGUGGAUUAUAUUAAGCAGCUAUUUGGGUUAUGUGGUAAAGUUGUUGAUUGUACCACCACAGAUUCAAAGCACAUUGCUUAUGUCGAGUACUCCAAACCUGAAGAAGCAACUGCAGCGUUGGAGUUCAAUAGCAAGAAUGUUGGUGGUCGUCCAUUGAAUGUGGAGAUGGCUAAAUCUCUUCCUCCUAAAGCAAAUAAUAACUUGCCCAUGAUGAUGCAGCAAGCCGUUCAGUUGCAACAGAUGCAAUUCCAGCAGGCACUAAUGAUGCAACAGUCAAUAGCAACCCAACAGGCUGCUGCACGUGCCGCCACCAUGAAGUCUGCCACUGAAGCAGCUGCAGCAAGGGCUGCUGAGAUAAGCAGGAAGUUGAAGGCGGAGGGCUUUGGUGGGGACAACAUUGAAGGAAAAGAUGCCAAAGGGAAGUCAAGAUCACCAUCACCCCCUACUCGCAGAUCAAAAUCUCGGUCAAGAUCACCUAUCAAGUACCGUAGCAGGAGGCGAUCCCGCUCCUACUCCCCCCCAGUUAGACGCUCAAGGGAGCACCGAUCACGAUCACCAUCAAGAUCUCGCCACUCAAAGUAUGGUAGUGAUCGAUCGCAUAGGGAUGAUAAGGACAGGUAUAGCAGGUCUGGGAGAAGGGAGAGUGAACGAUCCCGUGAUCACCAUUCAUCUAGUUCAAGGAGGAACAGAAGCAAAAGUAGAAGUCCAAGGCAUAAGAAGCCCUCCAGGGACUCCUCCAGGGACUCUAGGUCACCGAAGAAACAAAGAGAAGAAAGUUUAAGUCCAUCAAAAUCAAGGUCAGCUCGGGCUGGUUCAAGAUCACCACGACAUCACAAGGGAAGCAAAUCAUCGCCAACUCGUGACCGUCAUUCUCGCCAUAGCAGGCAUUCCAGGUCCAGAUCUCCUGACAGAAAGCAUCGUCACAGUGAUAAAAAGGACAGCAGAAAGUCUGAGAUCCAGGAUGACAAAAGAAGAUCUCAUAGAGGUAGCAGACGCGACAAAGAUGAAAGUUCAGUAAAGGAUGAAGGGGGAAGAUCUCAUAGAAGCAAUAGAGGUGACAAAGAUGGAAGGUCUGUAAAGGAUCCAGUGGAAGAUAAAAGGGUGGAUACUAAUGCUGUUGCACAUAAGAGGAGCUCAACCAUAUCCGAAGAUGAAAUUCUGAACGACAAUAGUAGUAACCAUAAGAAAUCUAGACAUGAAGUUGAUUUGGAAGUUGAUGAAGCAAAUGAUGCGGGCUCUGCUGUAGCUGACCUUAAUGGGAAACAUGAAACUGGAGUAGAUGGCUCUUUAGGGGGCGCUGCAGAAUCUGCUAUAUGAUGGCAGCUGUAUCAUUCAGUUGGCUGUUUACAGAUUGAUUGACGAUGGAGAAUGCUGAACUGGUGUUUAUUAUCUCCCUUUCUGAUUUAGGAGUUUUAUUUGCAGGGUAUGAAGAUCUUCGGAGAACUUGAGUGCUGUUCGGAGUGCUCAUCUGAUAUAUUAAAAUGUAUUCCUCAUUAACUCGAGUUUUGCUCCUUGGAGCAAACUUCUAAAUGUAACGCCGGAGCUUGUAAGGAGAUUUCAUACAGUGAGGUAGAAACCAACCAUAUAUUUGUCGUUUCAGGCUCAUGAUUCCAUGAAGAGUUGUUGGAGCACAUUUCUGGGAUGUCGGUUGAAGAUACAAGGGAGUGCACACUUACUCAAGUAAAGUCCAUAUACAAGGCUAUAAACAACUCAUCUUCUAGGCUGUUGCAUUUGAAUUCAAAUGCUUUGGCUAGUAAAAUGGUCCAAAUAUGCUUGUCUACAUACUGCAAACACCUUCUGAUGCACUUAGUUUGCCUGAAGUUCUGUUUUUGUAUCUUGUAUCAGCAAUGGUUCAAAAGUUUGACUUGACCAUCUUUUGACAGUCACAUGGAAUUGUGAUGUAGGUUUUAUCUAUCAUCUUGUCUGCUGCUUAAUUUUGACCAGUCUAUCUAAAGUUGAUACGAGUAUAACAGCCCUGGCAUUCAUUAUUUUUCGUUUGUUUGUUUGUUUGCUUUGUUUUCUCCUCUUUUUCCCCCCUUUCUGAGUAACAGGGUUCUGCCUCAGAAGCCAGUGUAAGUGACUGAUGUGAGGCAAUUGAUCCGUUAUUCGAGUGGUGUGCCUUGAUAUCUCCAGAGAUAAGCUGUGAAUCUUGAAACAAUUGCAUUGUUACAUCUUUCUAUUUUGCUUCACUUUAUGCUUUUGUCAGCACUGUUUGUUGCACCUUACGUCCUUACACUUGUGACUGGUGUUGUCAUACUGGAAAACCUGUGCAGGUUUUUCAAGGGGGUUGGCAUUGGAGUAUGUUUUGAGGGAAGUCAGUUCAUUUUAUGAAUAAGGUAUGAGUCCAUGGAUGUGGUAAAUAAUGCUAUCCUCAGUUAGCACCCUCAAAUGCCUACCUCACAGUUGGUCAUAAGUCUCCAAUCCUUGUAUUUGGCAAUUACUACAAUAUGUUGUUUGUUUGGGUUACCUUUUUUCCAUCCUUUUUUUCCCAGUGCAGCUGGGGGGCAACUGUAUUAGUUGUUGAUGUUUUAGUUUUCACAGGUCUGGUAUUUUGAGAAGGAAUAUUUCCUGUUCUUGCUGUUCCUUUUUUUUCCCCGCUCCCCAAUUCUGUUUGCUUUGGUCUUGGUUCUCACAGGAUUAUGCUGUGGAUGCUCAAUCGAUGCGGAUUACAUGCUCGCAGGAAUAGAGACUGUUCAGCAUCAGAGCUGCAAGUGAACCGCGUAUUGUGCUUGCUGCAUCUUGAUUUUUAUAUCAACAUGGGUCUCCCGGAUAAUAUAUCUUGCGAGUUGGAGUAGAGCACUAAGCUAAGCUGGGGCUGCCUUUUGUUUUUAAAUCACAUUUUGUUCUUGACAAAGCUUAUUAUACCCUUUAUAAUAUGUGAAAUCCCUUCCCUUCCA